CGUCGUGCUAAGAACGUGGACGUGCGCAAUAAUAAGAAGCCUCGGCCCGCCCUGUGGUUGAGAAAAACUCGUCCCUUCUCACCCUUAUCCCUACUCCCAAACAUUCUGUUGUUUUGGACAGAGUCUCGCCGCCACCAUGACCAUCGACGCAGAAAAGGCCCCUCCGGAGGGCAACGUCCCCAUCAUCGACGGGAGAAAGAACUCUCUUCGAGCCGGCAGCAUCGACGAUAUCACCGUGCUGGACAAGCUGGGGUACAAGCCUGAACUGAGCCGCAAUCGAUCAAUGGCAACGCUCCUGUUUCAGUCCUUGGCCAUCGCCGCCAUCCCUUACGGGGAGGGUGGUCCACUGAUUUCCGCCAUCUAUGGCGGAGGCCCGCUUGCAAUGUUCGUGGGCUGGAUUGUUGUUCUCGCCCUGGAUGAAUGCGUUGCACUCUCCUUGAGCGAGCUGGCGUCGAGAUAUCCUACCUCAGCUGGACCGUAUUAUUGGUCCUUUCAACUGGCCGGCAGGGGCAAGACCACUUUGUCAUUCAUCACCGGGUGGACGUGGCUUAUAGGAAACUGGACAAUCACGCUCUCGGUCAAUUUCGGAUUCGCCUCGCUUAUCGUUGCCACCGUUGCAAUGUAUCAUCCAGAUUGGGUCGCGAAGGACUGGCAAUUGCUCUUGAUUUUCUACGCCAUUUGCUUGAUGACCCUGGUCAUCUGCACCUUCGCGAAUCGGUUCCUGCCCAUGGUCGAUACCAUUUGUGCGGCCUGGACAGCUCUGAGCAUCAUCAUUAUUCUCAUCGCACUCUCGGUCAAAGCGGACGUUGGGAGACAUAGCGCGGGCUAUGCGCUCGGCCACUACGACAAGUCGUUCUCUGGUUGGGGAGGUUUCACAUUCUUCAUCGGUCUGCUGCCCGCCGCAUACACAUUCUCGGCUAUUGGAAUGAUUUCAGCCAUGGCGGAGGAGUGCUCAAAUCCCACUGUCAAGGUUCCCACAGCCAUCAGUCUUUGUGUGCCUGUGGGUGGCUUUGCAGGCUUGUUCUUCAUCUUGCCGAUCUGCUUCACCCUGCCUCCCUUGGAAGACGUCAUCGCAGCGCCAUACGGUCAGGCACUCCCCUAUAUCUUUCACACCGUUAUGGGCACGCCCGGAGGUGGUCUGGGCCUCAUCUUCCUCGUCUUGAUGAUCACACUGUUCUGCAGCAUCAGCAUCACCGUGGCCGCGUCGCGCUGUACGUGGGCAUUUGCUCGGGAUGAUGCCAUUCCACUGUCUCGUGUUUGGUCCAAAGUCAACGGCCGCCUCGGAGUUCCUGUCUAUGCCUUGAUGCUCACGACCGUGGUGCAAAUGCUGCUUGGUCUGAUCUAUCUUGGAUCAUCAUCCGCCUUCCUCGCCUUUGUAUCAGUCGGUGUGAUUGGAUUGGCCGUGUCCUAUGCCAUCCCCAUCACGAUCAGCGUUCUGCAUCGACGGAGAGAGGUCUCCACGGCGCGCUGGAACUGUGGUCGUAUCAUCGGCCCCAUUGCUAAUGGCGUUGCUCUGUGCUGGAUCGGGUUUGAGGUGGUGUUGUUCAGCAUGCCCACAGCUUUGCCAGUCACAGUGGUGACGAUGAACUACGCCAGCGUCGUCUUUGUUGGGUUCAUGUUCAUCUCUGCUGUCUGGUACUUUGUCUACGCUCGGAAGGCGUACAAAGGACCCCCAGCGUCUGAUGGUAUCACCGCUGAAUAACGCUUCCUGGCUAGAAGCUGUUCAAGAGCUCUGUGAAACAAAUAGGUUCUAGGUAGUAAAUAAUGCUUUUGCCGGUGAACAGGCACUGGCGAGACUGGCAAACGGAUACGGGCUCGUAUUUUCGGCCAGUGCCCGAAGCUGGAG